CACACGCGAGAAUCCUAGGACUUGUCGUGCCCGACGAGUCUCUCUUUUUCUCCGCAGGAAAGCUAAAAGCGAACAGCUUCAAGAUGGGCAAGCGGAACAACAUGAUCCCUAAUGGGCACUUCCACAAGGACUGGCAGCGCUUCGUCAAGACGUGGUUCAACCAGCCGGCACGAAAGAUCCGCAGGAGAACAAACCGCGUCAAGAAAGCCCGCUCCGUAGCACCCAGGCCGGUACAUGCCCUGAGGCCAGUUGUACACUGCCCCACAUUCCGCUACCACACCAAAACUCGCCCUGGUAGAGGCUUCACCCUUGCUGAAGUCAAAGCUGCUGGUCUUAACAAGAAGUUUGCCAGGACUAUUGGUAUUGCAGUGGACCCAAGGAGGCGCAAUAAGUCUAUUGAAUCCCUUCAGCAAAAUGCCCAAAGGCUCAAGGAGUACAGAGCCAAGUUGAUCCUCUUCCCAUUGAACCAGAAGAAGAUCAAGAAGGGAGAAUCUACCCUUGAAGAAUGCAAAGUAGCCAAGCAAUUCAGAGGCGACGUCAUGCCUGUGCACCACUCUACCAGCAAGCCCAAGGCUCGCGUUAUCACAGAAGAUGAGAUGAAAUUCAACGCUUUUACAGUUCUCCGUAAAGCGAGAGCCGAUGCCAGGCUCGACGGAAUCAGGAAAAAGCGUGCGAAGGACGCCUCAGAGAAUCCCGAUGAUGUGACUAAAGUUGCGAUGGACAAGAAAUCUAAGAAGUAAACUUUAGGUAUAAAUGAUUCGCAGGUUUAAAAAUAAAACGGAUUUUUCCAUCAAUCUGUUGUUCUCUGUUUGCUUUUUUUCACCCUCUACAGCUGUUUAUAUUAAUAAAUUAUACUUGUUGAAAGUAAAA